AUGUCUCAUUCUCGAGGUGGGGCGGGGUUCAAACAGGCACGGGGUGGAGACCGGGACAUGGAGUGUACUCCGGAGUGUGCCUCCCCUGCCCAUGCCGGGGUAAUACUCACCUCUGUUGCCCUUGGCAACCUCCGUCUACUCCAACACUGCUCAAAUCUCUGUUCCAAUGCUUGGAGGAUUUCAGACGGCUUCGGGCGGAGUCCUCUCCAUGUCGCCGCGUCUCGAGGCCACACCCACAUCACUGAGUGGCUUGUCGCCAGGAAGAAGGUUGCCAUGGAUACAGUGGACAAGGAAUCCGAGGGGGUGGAUGUCUAUACCUGGGGUAGCAACGCCAACACCACUCUAGGCCACGCCCACUCCAGACCACACCCAGAACGGCUCGAACUCCCAGCACAUCUCUCCAUCUCACAGGUGGUACUGGAGAAGUUCCACUCAGUGCUGCUGACAUCCAGUGGACUGGUGUUGACAUGUGGCCACGGCAGAGGAGGCAGACUGGGCCAUGGAACUGAAGCCUCCGUCGUGGCCAAGAACCUGCGAGGUCGUCAGAUCACUGCAAUAGGAGCCGGUCGCUACCACUCAGCCCUGGCCACCGAGUCACACGUCUACACGUUUGGUCAGAACCUGGGCCAGCUGGGCUAUGAGAGGAACUACCACACACAGAUCAUUCCCAAAGCCGUGCCCCAGAUCAGUGUGGAGGGAGAUGACUCCAUAAUCUCCCUCUCAGCCAGCCAUGCUGCCACUGCAGUCCUCACUCGGAGACACAGAGUCUUCGUCUGCUGUGACCACAUUGUCAAAUCCAUCCGGUGUGGAUUUCUGGAGAAGUUGGAGUGUGUGUCAGUUCCAGGCAAGCAUUGUGAUGACGUUUGGUACAGAGGAAUAAGCUGGGAGCGAGAUAGGGGAAAGAUGAAAGUUUGGAGUGAGAUAGUAGGGGGGAAAGAUGAGAACAUUUGGAAGAAGAUGGGAGAAAAAUUGUGGUACUGGGAGCCAGUGAAGAAAGGAACAAUACCACAGCUCCUACCUGGCCUGGCACGACUCAAUGUCGCUCAUUUCACUCUCGGGAAGAAUCUCACCAUUGUCACAGAUGAAGGAGAGGCGUACCUGAGUCUGUCUCAGUCAGGCUCACCUCUCUCAUUCUCCAGACUGCCCUCCAUACAGAAUGCCAGCUCUGUUUUCACCGACUUUAAAGCCACCAACUUUGCCUACCUUCAGACUAUCAACAGUGUUCUGGACUUGCCGAGUGUGGCCCCGCCCACUUUGACCUCUGACCUCUGUGGCCUGCUGAAGGAGGAUAACAUACUAGACUCUGUAGCUGACAUCACUAUCCAGUCUGGUGGAGGAGUGGUGUCGGCUCAUCGCUGCAUUAUCUCCUGUCUCUCUUCCCUCCCUCUCCCGUCCUCCACCACCCUCACACUCCCUCCCUCACCUCCCCACAUCCUCACCGCCUUCCUCCACUACCUCUAUGGUGCCACCAUCUGUCUCGUUUCCGUUCCAGACAAGUCCGAUUCCGGUUCCACUCUGGCCACGCCCUCUUCAUCAAGUCUGAACGUGGAACUGACUCCGGACACGUCGUUUGCGAGUGUUGAUGAAAACGACCUCACGGAGAUGUACGACAGGUUCAGUAGCCAAUCUCCACCGCCAAUGAGGAAUAACAAGCAGGGGCAGCCCCUGGAGAACGGGUUUGACGAGAUCGAGCUGAUCCCGACAGACCGGUUUGGUCAACAGAGUACGCCGAAGAAACGAAACAAGAGGAGGGGGAGGGGGGAGGGUGUGGAGGAGGAGGGAGGGGGAGGGGAGUUGGUGGAGGUGAUGUGUGCCAGUGUGAGGAGUGAUCUGCAGUCUCUACAGAGACUGGCUAGCCACCUACACAUCUCUUCUCUUACACAGAGGUUGGAUGAUGUUCUGACUAACUUCUCCAUGAAGCAGGCGACUCGUAGGGUAGUCCUCACCCCUCCACCCCUCUCCCUCUUCCCCUCCCUCUCUCCCACCCUCACCGACGUCACUCUCCUCUCAUCUGACCACCAGACCCUCUCCUGUCACAAGUGUGUCCUCGUGGCACGAUCUGACUACUUCAGGAGUAUGUUGCUGAUGGGAUGGAGAGAGACGAGCGAAGGUGCUCCCUCCCUCUCCCUCCCCUUCUCCUCCCAACUCCUGGCCACCGUGGUAGAGUUCAUCUACACCGACACUGCUCCCUCUGUCUCCAACUCAGAUUCUCUGGAGUGGAUUGUGCAAGUUCUCGUCACAGCCGAUCAGCUCCUACUGACGAGACUCAGGGAAUUCUGUGAGCUGACUCUGGCCAGGAAAUUGACCCUCCGCAGUGUGUGUGAGGUGGCUGAAGUGGCGGCCGCCUGCUCUGCCUCACAACUCCAGACUGCAUGUCUGCAGUUCAUCGGAGCCAAUGCCGCAGCCAUGCUGGAGGCUAGGCUCCUGGAUAGCCUGAGUCCCAGUCUGUACUCUGAGCUGUCCUCAGUCUACAAGAAUAUGGUUCCUCUCACUGCCAAGAGGACCAUACAUUUCCCUGUGUAUGAUGAUGUACAAUUCUCCACUAGACCCAGACCCAAGGAUCUGCCAGAGAGCUAUUUCCAGGAGGGAGGAGGAGAGGAGGGAGACCUCCUGGACGAUUCCUCCGACAUCACUGACACACUCAUAAUCAUCAUCUGCAUUCUCAACCUCCAGAUGUUCCUCCCACUACCAGCCACGCCCAGUCUAGUGGCAGUCGGAGAAGACGCAGAGAUGGGCGGAGACGAAAGUCCAGUCAGAGCGGUGCGCACCGUGGAUCCCAGGAGUCCUGAAGAAAACACUUCACAGCAGGCGGGCUUCAAUAAGGAUCCACCAGACAAGACUCAAACUGGCUCUAAACCAGUUCCAGGAACCGGUUUUUCCACCCUGACUGGCUCUAAACCAGGUCCAGAAACCGGUUUUUCCACCCCGAAAUCGGGAUACUCUGCUACAGUGUCGCACGAGAAGAGACAGUCACAACGUCGGAAGAAGACUCGUAAAAGACUUUCUGAGAGUUUCAGGAGCGAUGGGAAGGGCGAAGUUGGGAAGGAAGAUAAGGAAGAGGUGCAGGAAGUAAAGUGUGAGAGAGGACCAAAUAGAGCCCUCGCUAAUGGACUUCCGUCGCCUGUGGGUGUUGGACCCUCGAGAAAGGUGUGGGGAGACGGAGAGAGCAAACCAGUCUGUCUGAAAGACAUCAUGGCAGAGGAGGAAGAGAUGGCUACGCACUGCGCCCCUUACCGAGCUCACCGGGUCUCCCCUCCCCCUCCCUCCUCCCCUUCCUCUCGCUCACACCCUCCCAGUCGACAGACCUCCCAUGACACACCCUCCCACACUCCCCCUCAACCCGCAACUCGGCAAGCUUCGUCAGACAUCAACUGUCCCACUUCUCUCUCCCAUCCGCCCCCUCGCUCCCUCCCAGCAAGUCGACAAACAUCGUCCUGCUCAGACCUCAACUCCCCACCUCCCCUCUCUUCCUCGCUCCCUCGUUCUCCUCCCGGGGGAAAUCCCUGGAGGACCGCCCAGCCUCCUUCCCCUGCUCCAGUUGUUUCUCUCAGGGAUCUCAUGGCUGAGGAGACGCUCAGAGCUCAGGAGAUGAAGAAGAAGAGCCAUCCUCCCCCCUUCUCUUCCUCCUCCACACACCCUUCAUCUCAUGGGCCACACCCUUCCUCUCAUGGACCACACCCUUCCUCUCAUGGACCACACCCUCCUCAGAGAAGACGGCCAUCGGUCCCCCAGUCAGCUCAGCCUCCAGUGUCGUUUGCUGACAUCAUUCUCUCACAACAGAGGGAACUGGACUCCCACAGUGGGCAGGCCAGGAAGCCACUUCCAUGCAUUCAGAUUGAACAGCAAGCUAUCAACCAAUUAGAAGACCUCUACUGUUCCCGUGACAACCCCGACGAAUACAUCACCAUCCAGAGGCACCGCCCAAAGCCUAGCCACGCCCCCUCGUUACAUCAUUCCAAGAACCACACCCGUGCUCCACCCACCACCCCCUGGAAUGCUCGUUAAACUCCAAAACAGUGUUACUCUAAUACUACAUAUCUUUUAUAUAGCUCUUCUAUAUAGUACUGUUUGUACUUAUGUACUGUGUCAGUUCAGUUUCAUUGGCUGCCUUUUCAGCCACACCCACCAGAAGAUAAGUCAUGUGACUGUCAUGUGACACCAUAUGUCACCAGUUUUUGUAUUUUUAGCACAUCAAUCACGUAAUGUCUUAGAACCGUCAUCAUUAGCAAGC